CGGGCAACGACGGCGAAGAUGGAAGUGAACCGUGUGGACUUCUACAUCGGUCUCUCUCUGGCUGUGAGCUCCAGCGCUUUCAUCGGUACGAGUUUCAUCCUGAAGAAGAAAGGCCUGCUGCGAUUGGCCAGCAAAGGUUCAAUGCGAGCAGGUCAGGGGGGGUAUGCUUACCUGAAGGAAUGGCUGUGGUGGGCAGGACUGAUUUCAAUGGGAACUGGAGAGGCCGCCAACUUUGCUGCAUAUGCAUUUGCGCCGGCCACACUGGUGACUCCUCUUGGAGCGUUGAGUGUACUUGUAAGUGCGGUGCUCUCGUCUUACUUCCUGAAUGAGAGGCUGAAUGUGCAUGGGAAGAUUGGCUGUUUGCUGUGCGUCUUGGGCUCCACAGUGAUGGUGAUUCAUGCGCCGCAGGAAGAGGAGGUGGCUUCCCUCAGUGCCAUGGCUGAGAAGCUCAGAGACCCAGGUUUCAUUGCAUUUGCUGUGUGCAUUGUUGGAAGCAGCCUGGUUCUUAUCUUUGCUGUGGCUCCGCGGUUCGGACAGAGGAAUGUGCUGGUCUACAUCCUGAUCUGCUCUGUGAUUGGCUCCCUGUCUGUGUCUUGUGUCAAGGGCCUGGGCAUUGGCAUUAAGGAGCUGUUUGCUGGGACAGCAGUGCUGAAGGAGCCCCUGUUCUGGUCCUUAGUCCUCUGCCUGGUCGUCUGCAUCAGCGUUCAACUCAAUUACCUGAACAAAGCCCUCGACAUCUUCAACACCUCCUUAGUCACUCCCAUCUACUACGUCUUCUUCACCACCUCCGUCAUGGCCUGUUCAGCCAUUCUCUUCAAGGAAUGGUUGCGUAUGACCAUUGACGGAGCAGUAGGAACAAUUAGCGGGUUCCUCACCAUCAUUUUGGGGAUCUUCCUCCUCCACGCCUUCAAGGACAUUACAUUUCGCUGUGAUUCCCUCCCACUCUACUUGAGGAAGGGUCCUGAGGGCUUUCCAUGGGGGCACAGGCCUUAUGUGGCACUUCCCAGCCACGAAACCCAAGCAGAGGAUGACAAUAAAUUGCCCAGAGAAGGAAGCUCAAAGGGGGGCUGGGGAACGCACCAGAGAACUCCUUGAGGAGGACCAAUAGUCUCAUCACUGCUGAGAGAAUUGUCUUUUUGCAAAUCUGAAGCUUUACUGCACAUCCCAGCCUUACAAUGUGACAAGUAAGGUUAAUUUCAAGUGUCUUACACAAUGCAGUAUGCACUGGAUGAACAAAGUAGCCUAAAGUGAGCAUCAACACACUGGAUUUAAUAUUAAAUUUACAUUCUUAGUUAAACACGAUGGUACAUCUUCAGUUUAAAAAAACAGGACAAUUGUUUUGCUUGUUGCACUUGUGUGUAUUUUUUUUAUACAGUAUUUUAAGUUUAAUUUAAGGUUGAAUAUUAUCCUGCCUAAACCAGAUUGUGCCUUCAAUUACUGAAAACAAUAACCUUAUUCAUAGGUUUGCACUUUUAACCUCAGCAUACAUGGUGAUGUACGAUUGUAUGACUUAAGACCGAUGUAAAGGCAAACUAAUGAUUUGCCCUGAAUGCAUUUCAAUCAUUUUGUUUUUGAACACGUUUGAAUAAUUCCUCUUUUGAGUUACUGUAAUACCUCAGUAUUGUAUACAAACCGCACCAAAGAAUGUCCUUCCCCUGUGUGGAUUAACUCCCAACAUGUGCCAAGCUGUAACAUAUCUCUGGUGUAACUGAACUUUUAUGUGUGUAUGAUUAAAAUUUAAAUACAUUACUUGACUACACUUGGAAGUAUUUGGCAUAAUGUUUAUUGCAUAUGUACAGUCCAAAACCUUGCACCUCUUCGGUCAAGACAUCCGUUAAUUCUCUUAAAUUAGCUGUGUGUGGGUUGAAGACCUCGUGGCUGUCAAAAACAGCUGGCUGACGCUGAAUGUCCAGGAUGCAUCCCUCUCUCUGCAGUCUCCCACACAUUCAAGCUCAGUUUUGACAAACAAAAAAAAAAGACUGUUAUUAACAGACCACUAUCUUAAGCGUUUCGCAACACUCCUGUCCUGCUAAGUGGAGAACUAAUAAAACCCCACUCUUCUGCAUCCAUACAUUGUGUUUAUCUGAGGCACUUUGUUUUAAAAGUAACACUUGAUGCUGUUCCUUUUUCCCCUAGUUGAACAGACGGUCCGUUGCAGACAGCUGUGGCCGGACAAAACGGCCUCGUCAUGGAGCGCGAGCCGUGUGCGCGUGUGUCUCCUCAGUCCUUUUCAGUGACAG